GGCGGGGCUGCGACGGAGGGCGUGACCACGUUACGUCGUACGUGGUGACGUAGCGGAAGCCGCUGGAGAAGAUUCGGUGUGCUCGGAUCGCCAUGUCAGCGGGAAGCGCGCAGUCCGGCGGGUAAGAGAAGGAGGGAGCGAGGGACGGUCACCGGGCGGCGGGGAGGGAUGGGGGAGCUGGCGGUCAGCGCUCAGUCUGGACUGGGAUCAGUUUUACCGCAUAAUAAAUAAAUAGCAUAGGCCUCAAUCCGGGAUCUCAUACCCCUCCCCCAGCUACCGGGCACUGCCCCCCAUAAACCAACUUACCGGGCACUGCAUGGAGAUCACACAUACCCCCUCAUACCCCCAGCUACCGGGCACUGCCACACUGCCUGCCCCCCAUAAACCCACCUACCGGGCACUGCCACACUGCCUGCCCCUCAUACACCCAGCUACCGGGCACUGCCACACCGCCUGCCCCUCAUAAACCAACCUACCGGGCACUGCAUGGAGAUCACACAUACCCCCUCAUACCCCCAGUUACCGGGCACUGCCACACUGCCUGCCCCUCAUACCCCCAGCUACCGGGCACUGCCACACCGCCUGCCCCUCAUAAACCAACCUACCGGGCACUGCCACGCCUGCCCUCGCCACCCACCUACCGGGCACUGCCACCGCCUGCCCCUCAUACACCCACCUACCGGGCGCCGCACACCUGCCCCUCAUACCCCAACUACGGGCACUGCGACGCCUGCCACCCCUCAUAAACCAACUACGGGCACUGCCACACCGCCCUGCCCUCAUACACCCAGCCCCACCGGGCACUGCCACACCCCUCAUAAACCUGCUACCGGGCACUGCCACUGCCUGCCCUCAUAAACCCACCUACCCGGGCACUCGCGACACACGCCUGCCCCUCAUACACCACCACCGGGCACUGCCACACCGCCUGCCCCUCAUAAACCCAGCCGGGCUGCCACACUGCCUGCCCCUCAUACACCCAGCUACCGGGCACUGCCACACUGCCUGCCCCUCAUAAACCCACCUACCGGGCACUGCGACACCGCCUGCCCCUCAUACACCCACCUACCGGGCACUGCCACACCGCCUGCCCCUCAUAAACCCAGCUACCGGGCACUGCCACACUGCCUGCCCCUCAUAAACCCACCUACCGGGCACUGCCACACUGCCUGCCCCUCAUAAACCCAGCUACCGGGCACUGCCACACUGCCUGCCCCUCAUAAACCAACCUACCGGGCAUUGCGACACUGCAUGCCCCUCAUAAACCAACCUACCGGGCACUGCGACACUGCAUGCCCCUCAUAAACCAACCUACCGGGCACUGCGACACUGCAUGCCCCUCAUAAACCCACCUACCGGGCACUGCGACACUGCAUGCCCCUCAUACACCCACCUACAGGGCACUGCCACACUGCCUGCCCCCCAUAAACCCAGCUACCGGGCACUGCAUGGAGAUCACACAUACCACCUCAUACACCCACCUACCGGGCACUGCAUGGAGAUCUCACAUACCACCUCAUACACCCACCUACCGGGCACUGCCACACUGCCUGCCCCUCAUAAACCAACCUACCGGGCACUGCCACACUGCCUGCCCCUCAUAAACCAACCUACCGGGCACUGCCACACUGCCUGCCCCUCAUACACCCACCUACCGGGCACUGCCACACUGCCUGCCCCUCAUAAACCCAGCUACCGGGCACUGCGACACUGCCUGCCCCUCAUAAACCCAGCUACCGGGCACUGCCACACUGCCUGCCCCUCAUACACCCAGCUACCGGGCACUGCCACACUGCCUGCCCCUCAUACACCCAGCUACCGGGCACUGCCACACUGCCUGCCCCUCAUAAACCCAGCUACCGGGCACUGCCACACUGCCUGCCCCUCAUAAACCCAGCUACCGGGCACUGCCACACUGCCUGCCCCUCAUAAACCCAGCUACCGGGCACUGCCACACCGCCUGCCCCUCAUACACCCAGCUACCGGGCACUGCCACACCGCCUGCCCCUCAUAAACCCAGCUACCGGGCACUGCCACACUGCCUGCCCCUCAUAAACCCACCUACCGGGCACUGCCACACCGCCUGCCCCUCAUAAACCCACCUACCGGGCACUGCGACACUGCCUGCCCCCCAUAAACCCAGCUACCGGGCACUGCGACACUGCCUGCCCACCAAAAACCCAGCUACCGGGCACUGCGAUACUGCCUGCCCCCCAUAAACCCACCUACCGGGCACUGCGACACUGACUGCACCCCAUAAACCCACCUAUCGGGCACUGCGACACCGCCUGCCCCCCAUAAACCAACAGAGAACUAAACUAACCCUGAAAUAUCACCUCAGAGAGACAGAGAGAGAACUAAACUAACCCUGAAAUAUCACCUCAGAGAGAGAGAGAACUAAACUAACCCUGAAAUAUCACCUCAGAGAGAGAGAGAGAGAGAGAACUAAACUAACCCUGAAAUCACCUCAGAGAGAGAGAGAGAGAGAACUAAACUAACCCUGAAAUAUCACCUCAGAGACAGAGAACUAAACUAACCCUGAAAUCACCUCAGAGAGAGAGAGAGAACUAAACUAACCCUGAAAUAUCACCUCAGAGACAGAGAACUAAACUAACCCUGAAAUAUCACCUCAGAGACAGAGAGAACUAAACUAACCCUGAAAUAUCACCUCAGAGACAGAGAACUAAACUAACCCUGAAAUAUCACCUCAGAGAGAACUAAACUAACCCUGAAAUAUCACCUCAGAGAGAACUAAACUAACCCUGAAAUAUCACCUCAGAGAGAACUAAACUAACCCUGAAAUAUCACCUCAGAGAGAGAGAGAACUAAACUAACCCUGAAAUAUCACCUCAGAGAGAGAGAGAACUAAACUAACCCUGAAAUAUCACCUCAGAGAGAGAGAACUAAACUAACCCUGAAAUCACCUCAGAGAGAGAGAACUAAACUAACCCUGAAAUAUCACCUCAGAGACAGAGAACUAAACUAACCCUGAAAUAUCACCUCAGACAGAGAGAACUAAACUAACCCUGAAAUAUCACCUCAGAGAGAGAGAACUAAACUAACCCUGAAAUAUCACCUCAGAGAGAGAGAACUAAACUAACCCUGAACUAUCACCUCAGAGAGAGAGAACUAAACUAACCCUGAACUAUCACCUCAGAGAGAGAGAACUAAACUAACCCUGAACUAUCACCUCAGAGAGAGAGAACUAAACUAACCCUGAACUAUCACCUCAGAGAGAGAGAGAGAACUAAACUAACCCUGAACUAUCACCUCAGAGAGAGAGAGACCUAAACUAACCCUGAAAUAUCACCUCAGAGACAGAGAGAGAACUAAACUAACCCUGAAAUAUCACCUCAGAGACAGAGAGAACUGAACUAACCCUGAAAUAUCACCUCAGAGAGAGAGAGAGAGAACUAAACUAACCCUGAAAUAUCACCUCAGAGAGAGAACUAAACUAACCCUGAAAUAUCACCUCAGAGAGAACUAAACUAACCCUGAAAUAUCACCUCAGAGAGAACUAAACUAACCCUGAAAUAUCACCUCAGAGAGAACUAAACUAACCCUGAAAUAUCACCUCAGAGAGAGAGAACUAAACUAACCCUGAAAUAUCACCUCAGAGAGAGAGAGAACUAAACUAACCCUGAAAUAUCACCUCAGAGAGAGAGAGAACUAAACUAACCCUGAAAUAUCACCUCAGAGAGAGAGAGAACUAAACUAACCCUGAAAUAUCACCUCAGAGAGAGAGAGAACUAAACUAACCCUGAAAUAUCACCUCAGAGAACUAAACUAACCCUGAAAUCACCUCAGAGAGAGAGAGAACUAAACUAACCCUGAAAUAUCACCUCAGAGACAGAGAGAACUAAACUAAACCUGACCCUUUGGUAAACUAGAGAACCGCUUCUCCACCCCACCCCACCCCACCUACAGGGUAGUUAGACAAUCUCUGGAAAACUACCUCAGAGACGUGACACCCAGGCAUUAAUGUUACCUGGAGAACCUAGGUCCUCCAGCUAGAGUGCCCAAACAAUUCCCGUAAAAAAACACCUCAUAGAGAAGCAUACCCAGACCAUCCCUGACCCUCAGAUUAAUUGGAGAAGCCCCUCUCCCAAGCAAGAGGAUAACCAAACCAUGCCUGAUCAUAGGGAAAACCUUCUCCUCCCAGCUUAAGGAUGGCAAUUCCUGACUCUAGAAAUUACCUGCAGAACCUCUUCUCCCCAGCUAGAGCCUGUAUUGCUAUCACUAUAGUUUUAUUAUAACUAGCCCCCUUACCGUUAUUCCAGCGCCGACUCCCCCUACUUUGCUCAGAUCGUGAAUAUUAACAAUCUCAGCCAAUCCAAUGGUUUCCCAUAAAAGACGGUAUUUACAUGAAACUGCCUGCAGGGACAAGCUAUAGACACCAUAUCUACAUUAGGCUGUAGUUCUGGUGACUAUAGUGUCCCUUAAAAGGCUACUUACCACUGGAAGAUAUAGCACACUCGCCAGGGGUGAAUAUCUACUAGUCAAUCUUUUAUGGCGAGAUUUUUAGUCCACUUUCCGAUGGUUUCCUGCAAAGCCUCCUCCCCUUAGGAAGAGGAUAACAAAACAUUCCAUUACUCUUGAAGUUACCUCGGUCAUCCUCUCCCCAGGUAGCGGAAUGCCAAACAAUCCCUAGAUAUGGAACCUACUUUGCAUUUCAUUGUGGGAUUUCUCAAGAAAUAGAAGAAAUCAAGUAAGAUUUGUAAUUUUCGUUAAAAACAGUUGUUUUGUUUGUUUUUAUAGAAGACGAAGUAAGUGGGACCAGCCUGGCCCUGCCGGUGCUACUCUUCUCAUCCCUGGUACAAUGCCUGUGAUCCAAUCUCUCGGCCCUGGGGUCUACAUGGCUCCUCCAGAUCCCCAACCUGCAAGUACAGUUUCCGAGUCAGUCAGUGCUCCGUGUGGGGCUUUGGAUGCAGCUGCUGCAGUGGCGGCUAAGAUUAAUGCAAUGUUGAUGGCAAAGGGGAAGAUCAAACCAGCUCAGAACAUACCUGAGAAGGUAAUGCCAGUGUUCGCUAAAAGAAAAUAGCUAUCGUGGGUAUUUGGUGCACUCGACCAUGAGAAACACGUUUUCUUCUUCUGUAGCAGGCAGAAAUGUUUUUUUUUAUUUUGUUUUAGCUCUCUGAGAUUGGGGAUAAAUGAAAAGCUUGAUACUAGUUGAUCUGGUGAGAUUGCUAUUUUAAAAUGGACCACUUAAAGGGACAGCUUAAUGUAGUUCUGGUGUCUUGCCUGUCCCUGCAGCCUUAGCACUGUAAACACUGCCUUUUCAGAGGAAAAAAGUGGAGUGUUUACAUUGCUGGCUAGUAACUUCUCUAGUGGCAGUUGCAGUCAGUCAUGGAUGCGCUGAAUGUUGUCCAUAGAGCUGCAUUAUUAUUAUUGCCAUUUAUAUAACGCCAACAGAUUCCGUAGCACUUUCCAAUGUUAUGAGAGGGGAAUGUAACUAUAAAUAGGACAAUUACAAAAUAACUUAUAGGAACAAUAGGAUGAAGAAGACCCUGCUCAAACGAGCUUACAGUCUAUCGGAGGUGGUGAAUAAAACACAUUAGGACAGUCCUCAAGCCAUACCUAAAUGAGACCCCUUAGCAUUGUAUACAAAGAAAUGAAGGGGAUUAUUAUGUGGACCCUUUCCAAAAAAUAUUCUAGCAGGUUACACUGAGGGAAUGCAAGGCAGUAACAUUUUUCCCAGAAAAGGAGGCGUGGACCCAGAGCAUGUUUUAAUGAUAAAAGGCUUGUGCAUGGGUAAAAAGGGAAAAUGGCCAUGGUACGGACCAGGUGAGUUUUUUUUUUUUUUUUUUGUUUGUUUUUCAUGGAGGCACUACCGUGUCUUCACCAUUUGUCCACAUAUUGGCCACCCCCAUCAAUGAAUCACAUAACUGCUCAUUUUUCACUUUGCACCACAGCAAGGUGUGUGUUUUCUCUCUUCCACAGGGACUGACUGAUAUUCUCAGCAGCCAAUCUGUCCUCCUACUGAAAGGCACUCAAGAGGUUAAAUUGACCAUUAACCCAGUGGUAAUUUAAGUGCCACAAUACUAACUCCCCAUUUCAGAUAAUUCAGCUUUAAGUGAAUACACACUCUUGGGUUGUAAAAAGUUCUACCACUAAUGUAUCUCUCAUUUACUGUGUUCUUUUAAAAGUGUAAAAAUGUACUAAAAUAUUGAAGGAGAUUUGUUAGAUUUUUUUAAUUUAUCCUUGUUACCACAACUGUAGACUUCAGGUGCGUGGGGUUUGAGGUUUUGGUCAUGUUUGUAGUCUGGAUCAGUUAAUCAUGGACAACGGUAUUUUCUUCUUUUAUUUGACCCUUGGUUAUUCAACUUUGACAGGUCAAUUCAACGGUAGCCAGACCUCUACCAUGGCAUAGCUUUAAAGAUGUUAAUAUCUGAGGCCAGAUGAAAUGCAGAGGACACCAGUUCUCUCGCCUGCUCCAAAUACUAAAUGUUUGUUAGGUUGAUCUAGCAUAAUCUGAGAAAUAAAAUAUCGGCGCGGUGCAGACCCUAUGUGGCCGGUGUAGUCGGCAUAUAUGCAAUUGCUAAAUAAAAGUUAUAAUAAAUGAAUCAAUGAAAAAGCACGCUAUAUAAGUGGACCCCUCUUUUCUAAAACAUACUAAAUAAAUACAUUUAAACAUUGGUAAAGAAUGGUAUAAAAUAAUACAAUGGUAUACCUUAAAAUAUCUUACAUGUUUAUAAUGUGUGGGUGCAACAACUAUAUGUUAAUGCGUUGAUUCAAUGUAUCCCUAUGAGGAGAUGCUGAUUGGCACAGCACAGCAUUGUGCUGCGCAUGUGCAAUAGUCUCCCAAUGCUUUCCUAUGGGAAAGCGUUGGGAUUGGCUUAGAUCAAGUUUGAUUAUUUCAUCCAUGUACCUAUUCCUGACAAUAUAGUGUUCCUUCAAUAUUUUGAAAAUAGUAUCUUUUAAUCAAUGUCACGGUGACAAAACAUUUUAGCUAAGCUUCAUUGUAGGGUUGUGAUGCAACUUAGUGCUUUAGAUGUGGCACGAGUGUCCUUAUAUACCUGAUCAUUCACUCUGGUUAUUGGAACAUUUGUGGCUGUAUUUUUCACUUUGUAUGAGGAGGGCAAGAGACUUGCAUGUUUACCAAUAAUUUUAAGAAACUUGGAAAGUGCAUUCAAAGUCUAGCAGGUUUUGCUGUCACAUCUUGUCUUUCCCCCAUCUGUCAUCACUUAAAGAGUUACUCAAGAAAUUCAGUGAUUCUCUAUGGCUGACCUUGAUGGCACUGCACGUGUGUGUGUGUGUGUGUGUGUGUGUGUGUGUGUGUGUGUGUGUGUAACAUCAUAGUAUGAGAGCCGGUUAGACUAUGCUCUCAUACCUAGAGGACUGGGAGGCGUGGCUUGAAGCUGCGCUUUCAAGUAUCUCAGUGAAAUAAAUUGUUUGUCUGUAGUGGCCCUUUUUAAAGGGACACUUAACCAAGGGGAAAUUUUACUCCCCACCUCCCCCAUUGCAGUCAUUUUUUUUUUUUUUUCUGAAGGCAUUGUUAUAAAAGGAUAGCAUUAAUAGUGUUUGUGGUAAAGCAUUGAAAUGGACUGAUUUUUUUUUUUUUUCUUUUCCACCAACCAAUCUACAGGUCCAGUUAUCAGGAAAAGGUCCGCCUGCAUCCAAAAGCAAAGAUGAUCUUGUUGUGGCAGAAGUUGAAAUAAAUGAUGUGCCGCUCACGUGCCGCAAUCUCCUAACAAGAGGGCAAACACAAGAUGAGGUGGGUGCUAUUGUUUCUGUUAUGCUAUAUGAUGAUUUUGGGAUUGCCAUGGCUAAAUCUUCAAUAGUUAUUGUGGCAAAUGGGGAUUACUGUCUACAUAUUAUAAAAAGUAAUCUUCUGGAUUUCCAAAGGGUAACCUCCUCCUAGAGUAUUUUUACAGGCUACAGUAGUUGCCCUUUAGUUUUCAUACUCCCACUCUAGAACACCAGGGAUCCUGGACCGCUGUUAGAGAGCAAGUAAAAACCCAUCAUUGGACCACAGUGGAUCCAGGGUAUUUCACCAGCACACUCUGAUGGACAAAGGGCAAGACACUAAACUGCAAAUGAAAGGAACAGUAAAGUGUCAGGAAUACACUGUGCGUUGUAUGUGUUCUUGACAUCUGUAGAAAUAUCUUAUAAGUGAUGUGAAUAUGUGUAAAUGGAGGGUUAAGAAAGCAGAGUUUGUGGAGUGAGACUCUGCUGAUACACCCCUCCAAGAGUAACUGGACGGUCAGAGAGCAGCCUGAGCUUAAAGAUGUUGUAACGGCUGACUGCACCAUCCUACACAUCUAGUGAAUGCUGGCUGAAAGGGAUUUUCGUAGUUCUCUCCGGCAGCCACUUGCUAGUUUAAUUUCCAUACAGUUACCACGGCAACAGGCGCUUCAUAAAAUCUCCAGUGUGUCUGUUUUGAACCAGGAAAUGGUUUAGACUCAGGGAUGAUGAAGCUGUGCGUUUGCUAUCACUUCUAUCCUAUUCUUCUCUAACUUGUAUUCCUGACACUAGUUUGGAAGCCGCCAUCUAGGUCACAGAGCCCUCCCUUGUCCCUAUCUAAAAGCUUAAUAAAAUCUUUUUUUCACUGCCACGCAGGUCUUGUCGCGAUACGCUCUGGCUCCUUAGCUAAGGUCAUCCAUCUUGAUGAUCUCUGCCAUUUCAAUGCUUUCCUAUAAGAAAGCCUUGCAAAGCUAUUGCACAUGCACGCCACGCUGCGCCAAUUAGCAUCUCCUCAUAGAGAUGCAUUGUAUCAAUGCAACUCUGAGUAACGUUCAACGACUCCUUGCAGAGCGUGGAGGUGCUGAACGUCCAUGCUGCACAUUGAGCAGCACUGACCCAGGAUGCACCUAUAGUGGCUGUCUGAGUGACUGCUAAGGGAGGUGUUCCUAGGCAGUAUUUAAACACACUGCCUCUUCUCUGAAAAGACAGUGUUUACUGCAAAAAGCCUGCAGAGAUGGGCAAUAGACAUUAGAACUACAUUAAGCUGUAGUUGCUCUGGUGACUACAGUGUCCUUUUAAAUCCGAAUGGCAAUACUGAACAAAAAUAGCCAGUUAUUACAGUAGUGGAGUUUAAAUAUUUUUCCAGAUCAGAAGUUUCUGCCUUGGAUUUUCUUCUCGAAUUAAUGUGGUAAAUUGAGUUUAGUGAAUAAUCUUGUUAAUGUACAGGUCUAAGCAGGGUCCCCAAGCCUAAUUAAAAAAAAUCUUGUGUUCAGAUAAGUAGAAUGUCAUGACAGGUAAGUAGAUUGGGUUACUCCUUUUUUCCCUUAGACCAUUAAGUGCCUGAGCAAUCUGCACUUGUUGUUGUACCAUUAGACAUCAUAUUCUCACUUCUUGUCUCCUUAGAUCAGCCGUCUGAGCGGGGCAGCUGUUUCCACUCGAGGGAGAUACAUGACACCGGAGGAGAAAGUCAAAGUUGGUGCUGGGUAUGUCAUAUUGAACAGCCCUCUGUGCUGUCACCACCUAUGCCUGGAUUCUCUCUUUACAAUUCAGGAUUUCAUGCUUUACCAUUCCUUCCAUCUUGAAAUGUUUCUUGCCAAUGUUCACCUAAAAAGUCAUUUGUGUUUCCAGGUUGUAAUAAGUGCAGGUUUUCUCCUUUAUUGCUCUCACCUGUAACUAUGUAGUGUAUUGUUUUUAGGGACACUGAGUUUUGUUUUUUAUUAUCCGCAUUGGUUUGUUGACUCUGCAUGUUUCUGUUUCCAGGGAGCGACCUUUGUAUCUGCAUAUUCAGGGCCAGACUCGGGACCUUGUUGACAGUAAGUGAUGUCUUGUGUGCUGAGAAAAGCUUGAUGCAGUGUUACAGGGCUUGACCAGCAUGCUAAUGAAUGAAAACAUAUUAUUGCCAUUUAUAUAGAAAACUUACAGGAACAAUAGGUUGAAGAGAAGCUUACAGUCUAUAGAUGUUGAUUUGACCUUCAUCCAAUGUCGAUGGGUAGUGAUAGGAAUCUAAAGUGCAAUGGAUAAAACAUCUAAAAUAUAUUUGUUAAAUUAGAUCAACGUAACAAACAUUUCCACCAUACGGACAAUUUGUGUUAAGCCCACUACUACUUCAAAGCACCCCAAUAUGGGUGGGUCCUACACUAAUUUCAACGUGGGAGACAAAUCAAAUUGUGCUAAUUGAGCAAAAGCAUAUUUUAAUAACCUGUUGUAAGAGCGUUGUGUGUGUAUAUAUAUAUGUGUGUGUGUGUGUAUAUAUAUAUAUAUAUAUAUAUAUAUAUAUAUAUAUAUAUAUAUAUAUAUAUAUAUAUUUUUUUUUUUUUUAAAUUAAUGUGAUAAGGCAAUUUAAAAAAAAAAAUGAUGCAGUGUCAAAACUAAACUAUUAAAGCAAUAGUGUUUGAAUGUGUAUACUUACACUGCAUACCAUAUAUCUACUAUGAAAACGAUAAAUAAAAUGACAUUACGCUCCAUAACCUUCCCAAACGUAUACUUUCCUGUGGUCACCUCCAACUGACUAUGCUCUUACAGCAGAAUAUUAAAAUACACUUUAAUUCAAUUAGCACUAUUUAAUUUGUCUCCCACAUGGAAUUUGUGUAUUGGGGUACUGUGUAGUAAUGGUGGGCUUGACACAAUUUGGCCAUAGGGUGAAACUGUAUCCCCCCAUAUUUGUUUGAGAGGUGAUUUUAGGUAGCCUUAUAAAAUGUAAAAUUGUAUUUUUGUGUGCGUUGUAUGUGUUCUUGACAUCUGUAGAAAUAUCUUAUAAGUGAUGUGAAUAUGUGUAAAUGGAGGGUUAAGAAAGCAGAGUUUGUGGAGUGAGACUCUGCUGAUACACCCCUCCAAGAGUAACUGGACGGUCAGAGAGCAGCCUGAGCUUAAAGAUUUUGUAACGGCUGACUGCACCAUCCUACACUUUUAGUGAAUGCUGGCAGAAAGAUUUUCGUAGUUCUCUUGCAGCCAGUUGCUAGUUUAAUUUCCCUACCGUUACUACGGCAAUGGGCGCUCGUAAAAUCUCCAGUGUAUCUGUUUUUGAACCAGGAAAUGGUUUAUAGACUCAGGGAUGCUGAAGCUGUGCGUUUGCUACCACUUCUAUCCUAUUCUUCUCUAAAUCAAAAUCUUUAGUGAUGUCCUUUACUUGGUGACAAAAUAAGCUUUUUAAACAGAAGCCUCUUGUGAUUUGUCCUCAGGAGCUGUAAAUCGAAUCAAGGAAAUAAUCACGAACGGAGUAGUAAAAGCAGCCACUGGUUCCAGUCCAACAUUUAAUGGAGCAACUGUUACUGUGUACCAUCAGCCUGCCCCGGUGGCCCCUCUACCUCCUGUGGCUCCUCAAAAACCUCAGUUCCAGUCAGGGGUAUGUGAUGGGAUUGUGGGAUUUAAAGAGAAGCAGUGUUGACAUUCAGGUCCAGUGUGCUUGGCAAAACUGAGUGUGGAAUUCCAGUUGCACGAACAUUACUGUAAGUCACUGGAAUUCAGCCUUGGAUAUAGUUUAACCCACAUAAAUUGGGAAUGCUAAAGCUUGACAACAUAACAUGGAAAUUAAGUCACUAACCAUUGCAGGGAUAUCUGCUGUCAUUUCUUGGUUCACAAUUACAAGUGGUGACAGUCCCUGUCUGUGGCAAUCACCCUGAUCUAUGCCGUGAACACCUCUUAUUAUGCUAGCCAGCUGAAAUAGUGCAAUCUGACUUGGUUGUGCAGUUAAGUGUUAUUUGCAAAGUAUACUGAGGGCCAGUAUGCACACUGUGCUGCUUAAAACUUCUCAGAAAAUUGCCUUUUGUAACAUUUAUCAAUGUCUUUCCCAUCAUUAAAGGACCACUAUAGUGCCAGGAAAACAUACUCGUUUUCCUGGCACUAUAGUGCCCUGAGGGUGCCCCCACCCUCAGGGUCCCCCUCCCGCCCGGCUCUGGAAGGGGGAAAGGGGUAAAACUUACCUUUUUCCAGCGCUGGGCGGAGAGCUCUCCUCUCCGCCUCCGUUACGCCCCGCCGGCUGAAUGCGCACGCGCGGCAAGAGCUGCGCGCGCAUUCAGCCGGUCUCAUAGGAAAGCAUUUGCAAUGCUUUCCUAUGGACGCUUGCGUGCUCUCACUGUGAAAAUCACAGUGAGAAGCACGCAAGCGCCUCUAGUGGCUGUCAAUGAGACAGCCACUAGAGGAUUAGGGGGAAGGCUUAACCCAUUCAUAAAGUUUCUCUGAAACUGCUAUAAUUAUGAAAAAAUGGGUUAACCCUAGAAGGACCUGGCACCCAGACCACUUCAUUAAGCUGAAGUGGUCUGGGUGCCUAGAGUGGUCCUUUAAGAGAGGUGCUUUUCAACCUGGACACACAUAAAUCACUUCAGUUUACCUAGCUUACUGAAGGGUCUGUGCUUGAGAAAGAGGGGGAGGGGUUGCCAAUGCUGCAGACAAGAUAUGCCGCUUUCGCAAGCUGGUAUGAGAUGAAAUGUAUGCAUUUAUUUCUGCUUUUUUUUUUUUUUUCAUUGGAGGUAUAUCUACUAUAUAUGGAUAGGCAGUAUUUCGCAUAAAGACCAUAGACCACACAAGGGGCAUGCCACCAAAACUUGAUAACUGUAAACUUAUUUACAUAAACUUUUAACUUUCACCAUCGCUAACAUGACUGCCUUUUAUAUACAACCAUUUACCACCAUAUCCUUCCUCAGAACUUGAACUCGAGGAGGACUUUUGUCCCAAUGCUUUCUAACACCAUGACAUUAAUCAUAAAGAAAGCUCGCAGAUAGAGGAGGGAGGACGGGGGUCAGUCUGUGCUUCUCCUUACUUAUGGAAAAAGCUGACAGGGAUUGCGCUUGUGCUGUCACUUUUCAUUCUUACCUGGCUUUGCUUGCUCUUGGCACAUGACAAGUUUUCCUUGUACUGGAUCAGUAGAACCGAUGUGUGUUACUUUUAAAUAACGCUGUUCUUGCCAAUCUGCUAAUUUUGUCCUUUGCUGGUACAAAGGAAUUAUUUAACCCUUUAUUUUACCUGCAGAUGCACUAUGUGCAGGACAAACUGUUUGUGGGACUUGAGCAUGCCUUGCUAACUUUCAACGUGAAGGAGAAGGUGGAAGGACCUGCCUGCUGCUACCUUCAACACAUCCAAUCGGAGACCGGGGCCAAAGUCUUCCUGCGAGGCAAAGGUUCCGGUUGUAUUGAACCGGCCUCCGGAAGAGAGGCAUUUGAGCCGAUGUACAUAUAUAUCAGGUAUAAGGGCGCUAUUUAUAAUUUCUGAUAUAAAGCCCAUCAGUUUCUUAUUAUUGCUCUUUUUCUAAGGUUGGCUUUUUCCAUAGAAAUACUUUUUAAAGGCCUUUUGUUUAGCAUCCAUUUAAAUAAUUAUUUUACUGUUUCUUUUGCACAGCCACCCAAAGCCAGAGGGGCUUGCAGCAGCCAAGAAACUCUGCGAGAACCUCUUACAAACCGUAAGUUGUCUUUUUGGGUCUAUUCAAUAAGUUGUUCAUUAAAUAUGUACAGUAAAUACCAUUUAUUACAGUCCGCUUAGUAUGUUUUGUGCUGGCUUCUGAUGCUGCUUGAUUACCCAGAGUUCUUGAAGCAGCAGUGACGUGUCACCAUGGUGAGCUCCGCUUACAUUAAUUGCUUAGCAGCAAAUUUGCCAUUGUAAGUGCCCUGAGUAUUGGCCAAGUUUGAGGAUUUGUUUUUUUUCCUGUCUGAGGUUUUGGACAUUUGUCUUAAACCACAGUUAAAAUAAUGAGACUUAAAAUUACUGCUUCAUAUUGCAAGCUCUGAUGAGCUGUGGGCAAAACGCGCACGUCCAGGGUCUCUCGGUGAUUCUGGUAGUUUAACUAUGAAUUACUAUCUCAGAAGUCAGUUUCUUUAACCAGGAUCCUGAGUAUUGUCACUUUUUUAAGAUUUAUUUAUGUAGUAGGGAUACUAGGAAUAUGCUAAAAGUCAGAGAUUCCUAACAGGCUUGACACCAUCGGUGCCCUUGAAGGCACAGAAAUUGUGAUAUUUACACGAUAGCAGCCUGCUUCCCUUCUCUCAUUCUGUCAGGCAGUGCAGGAAUUGUAGCAGUUAGCUUUUCCUCUUUGAAACUGAUUAGCAGAAAAUCAGCAUAUCACUGUCUAAUACGAUCAAUAAUCCUAUCAGCACAGAUGGGCUCUUGGUGAUCUAGACAAAUAGUGAACGUCACUAAAGCUACUAGAUUGAAAGCUGUGUUAGUCUUUAAUCAGGAUCCUGAGUAUUGCCACUCUUAAUAGAUCGAUCGGUGCAGCAAAUCCUACCUGCCCAUAUAUACGCACGUUUGGCUGGUGCUCUUGGCAAUACGCACAUAGCACCAUAAAAUCUGUGUAUACAACUGUUGCUAGAUGUUCAUAAUUAGGAUUACUUAAUGCCAGACAGGGUUUAUCCCUGAAUAGUGAUUUUUCUCUGAUUUUUAUACUUAUUAUCCCACCUUGUACACUGAUUUAUAUUAGAACUAACUGUUGAAUUUAGCAAAGCUAAAGACAAUGAGGCAGAAGACCUCACCUAGCAAAUGCAGAUAAAUAUGUAUAAUGCAUAACCUUGAUACAACUCCUUUCUAUGUGUAACAAUUGAGCUUAUUGAACCUCACAAACAGAAUAAUUAGCUAUUGAUACAAUAUUUGCAAACCUAGGCAUUUAGAAUAACACUGUGGCAUUGUACCUGGGAGACAUUACUAGCUGGAGACCAAUACACACACCUGCAACCGGCUUAUCAGUGACAUUGGAUAAUUCGGCAGUCAAAUUUACUCAUUAAACGUAAAAACUGCUUUUUAAUCACUUUGAGCACUUAAGAACAAAUAUAACCUGUUUUACCAUAUUUUGUCUUAUUUUUAGUGAAAAUAAUAAAGCUUCCGUUUUAUAUUAGGGCACUCUGUUCUUGUUUUUUUUUUAUUACUACUUCCCUAGUUAUCUGGGUUAUCCACAGCAAGAGUGCACUCCCUACUCCUAGGCUUCCAUUUCUUUUCCUAAUUUUCAUAUUGCAAAGUUUAGCUUUGAGUGUGAGCCAGUCCGAGUGAGUUUAUUUUUGGAAAUCUUUCUGUUUUAGGUCCAUGCAGAAUAUGCUAGAUUUGUGAAUCAGAUCAAUACAGCUGCACCUUUACCAGGUGAGUGGUUGGUUUCUUGUUUAAAAAAAAUUAAAAAAAAAAUUGGUAAAUGCAGUUGGAUAAUCUUCUUGCUAACAUCGUGUCAUUUAAGCAUUCUCUCCCCUGAAUAACUUCCUUUUGGAAAGCAAGACUAUUUUCCAUUUGUAUUGCUUUUAUGCUCAUAGUUCAAUUGGGGUGAGUAGUGCAGCUUACAUGACAUAGCAUGAAAGAGAUUAGAGUAACCUUAGUACUGACCUACGUGUAUGGUUUUCAUGUGUCCGUCAACAUGUUUAAAAUUUGGUUUUGUAUAAUCAUUGUCUUUUCCAGGUUACACGCAGCCUCCCCAUUUAGGUGCGGCUCCACUGCAGUCGCCAUACUACCCACCCAAUGGCUUCCACGGAGGGUUUCCUGUUGUCCUGCCACCACCUCCCCCUCAGCCAGUCCAGAUCCCAUAUGUUGUACCUGCACCAAUGACCACCACUGAUCCUCCUCCACCUGGAGUUGUGCCUACCAUAACCACUCCUGUAUCGCCAGUGCCAACACGCUAUCCAAUCCCACAAAUGCAGCCUCCUGUAAGUCCUGCCACAGUAACUGUUUGAACACUAUCUGUCCAGGCUCUAGUAAACCGUUGUAUGCAUGCCUAUCACUCAGCUUGGAAAAACUACUCACAUGUGGAAGAGCUUUGUGGAAAUGGUGGCUUUGUUCAACUUGGGCUAAAUGUUUUCAAAUUUAAGGGCCUGUGCAAUUAGGAUUAGUUGGUUAAAUGAGUAAAGGAAAUGACGUAUGCCUUGUUCCGCUGAAAUUACAAACAUGUAUAUCAAGUGAUAAAAAUGUUUUCUACAACAUCUGUUCAGUAAAAUGCUACAAAUGUGCAGUCCCACAGUGUUUCAGACUUAUCUUAAAAUGCUGUCCAUGUGGCCCUGUGUAUUGCAUUCUGUGACCAAGUACCAUGCAUUGAGGAUCUACAUAAUCUGACUUUCCAUAUAUUGCAAACAAAGUUAAAAGUAACAGUAAGUUUCAACUGUGUAUUUGUUUCUUUUUCAGGCAUCUUUAAGUGCUCCCUUCUUGCCUCCAGUACCUGUUAAGCCGCCAGUUUCCCAGUCAUCGCAGAUUCUUCCACCAGGUCAGAAAAGACGCUUCACAGAGGAGCUGCCAGAAGAGAGGGACUCCGGCCUCCUUGGUUACCAGGUGCUAUAAACUACACAUGUCCCACCCAAUGAUUUAUAUGACCAAAAUCUCCACCCCAAUUUCCUUUUUCUUCAUCUUAACACAAAAUAGAUGGAUCCAUGAUUCAUGAGCCUCACUUCAUUGAUCUCGCACAAAAUCGUCCACUUUAUUUUAUAGAUUUUAUAUUUUUGCAGUAGGCAAAUAAUUGGCUGCUGACUGUGUUCGCCGAUGCCUAGCACAAUGUACUUGUGAAAUUCUGUUAAAGGACCACUUCAGCUCAAUGAAGUGUUCUGGGUGCCAUGUCCCCCUAGUUUUAACACUGCAGCUGCAGGGUUAAUCCAGCCACUAUUGGCAGUCUCCCUGAGAGCCACUAGAGGCUCUGUCGCGAUUCUCAGUCUGACAAUCGCAUUGAACUCGCACAGCGUGUGUUCAGAUCCCCAUUGGAAAGCAUUGAGUAAUUUUUUUCUAUGGGAGGUUUGAAAGCGCGUGCGGCUCCUGCCGUGCAUGCGCUUUCGGCUCCACUUGGGAGCUGACGUCAGCGGGGGGGAGGUCACCAGCGCUGAGGGAGCCGGUGCUGGAUUAAGGUGAGUGGCUGAAGGGGUUUUAACCCCUUCAGCCAAGCUGGAGGGGGGGAACCUAAUAACCCUAUAGUGCCAGGAAAACGGGUUUGUUUUCCUGGCACUAUAGCGCUUCUUUAAGUUGACUUUGGCAUUUUUGAGGGCAGCUUCUUCACUUUAAAACCAAUUCCUUAAUGGGGUCUCCAGCCCCAUCAUCACCCUAAAAAAAAUUCUCUCUCCAUCAAUUGGCUUUUAUGGUUAUAGCUGCCCAACAAUGACUCUCAUUUUGUGUUUUCUCUCUCUCAUAUAUUAUUUCUCCUUUGCUCAUAAUAACCAAAUUAACUAAGUCCAACUUGAGAACUUGUCUUUUAGUGUUCUGACUUUCUUUUCCCAGCCUGAAAAACUGUCUUUCAAUGUUUUAUUCUUCAUUAAUUUACAGUUUUACUUUCUCUGUAACAGAACUAACAGAGCAUCAUCUCACUGUAGUAUGUAGAAUUAUUUUAAGACCAUGUGAAUGUACACUAUGACAGUUGUAUGAAAUCCUCAAACAGUUACUGGAGGCAGCCAUUUUGCCUUUGCUGCAUCAAUCAUUCAUCUUCUAAUGCCUAAGAUUAGAAACACAACGCUUAGUGGCCGUGUCAGACUCUGCUGAUAUCCACAAUGGCUCUUCCCACUGCUCUUUAAGAGUGCUGCUGUGAGCUGGUACUUGCAGUGUUUGAAGGUUUGUGUUGUGGGCUCUCACCCUCCCUCAUUUUUAAUUCAUGACAUUUUUUUUAUAUUUUACAUGAAACUAGUUUUCCUGGAGCUAAACCGUGCCAUUUUAAAUAUUUUGGGUUUUUUCUAAUAAGGCAGGGGGUUUUUGUUCUUUAGAUUGUAAUGGAUUUCACUAAUUUAAUUAGCAUGGAUUCUCUCCAGAACCCCCUUUCUUUAUUGUAAUAAUUCAUUACGGAAUAGGUGAUAAUAUUUUGAAAUGGACGAUGAAAGACCAGCUCUUUGGCGCAAAAGUUUUUUCCAGACUGCAGAUUAUCUUGUAAGGCUGAUUCUAUGGUCCACUGAAAGGUAUAUGUUCAUGUGAAGUAGUUCUACGCUUUUUUUCCUUAGUUAGAAAUGUUUGUGUACCUCUCACUCACAGGGGCCCGCAGUGCAGCCUUUCAGAUAGGGCUGCGGGCCCCUCUGUGAGGAGAAAGCUGACAUUGAGGAGCUGGAUAUUGCUCCUGUAGAGUUGCUAAUGCUGAUGUGUGUUUUUCUGCUCAUAGCAUGGACCCAUUCAUAUGACUAAUUUAGGUACAGGCUUCCCGGCCCAGAACAAGAUGGACAGUCCAGCUAUCAAGUCGGACGGCAUGGCCACAAAGGAGCGAGAGAGGGACAGGUGAGCAGCCAUUUCUAAGUUGGUUAUCACAGUAUUGCAAGAUACCCUUUUUUUAAAUUCUGUCUGAGAAAACCCAUAAUGUCUAUGCCUAAUUACACAUUCGGAUAAAAAUAGAACCUUUAAUGUUUGUAGCUAUAAGUUUCAAAAAGAUACAAUUGCCUGGUUUCUAACUUGUGGACUGACACUGGAAAUUCGAUGCACGUGUACAUGUAUUGCAUGACCAGUCUAUGUCAAGCUAUAGAAACUGCUAAAACAAACUUCUGCAAAGUGUAGCACUCCUGCACAAAUUACACUUGGCAAAUGUCCAGAGAACAAUUUAUUCUGUAUUGACGAGUCGUGUUAGUUGGCAUUGCAGAAUAGAGUACCGUAUGUACUCGAGUAUAAGCAGAGUUUUUCGGCACAUUUUUUGUGCUGAAAAACCCCAACUCUGCUUAUACUCGAGUCACUGUCUGUAUUAUGGCAACUUACAUUGCCAUAAUACAGACUGGGGGCUGGCAGAGCUGUUACUUACCUCACCUGCAGCUCCUGCCAGCUCUCUCCUCCUCCGCGCCGGUCCGGUCAGCACCUCGGUCAGCUCCCAGUGUAAGUCUCGCGAGAGAAGAGCUGCACGGGCCGGCGCGGAGGAGGAGAGAGCUGACAGGAGCAUAAAAAUGCCCACCCCCCACCAAGGCUCUGCAUCACGCGCACACUGCAUCACGCGCACACUGCAUCACGCGCACACUGCAUCACGCGCACACUGCAUCACGCGCACACUGCAUCACGCGCACACUCAUACUCACACACUGCACAUAAAUAUUCAAUUAAUAUAAUUUUUUUAGGAUCUAAUUUUAUUUAGAAAUUUACCAGUAGCUGCUGCAUUUCCCACCCUAGUCUUAUACUCGAGUCAAUACGUUUUCCCAGUUUUUUGGGGUAAAAUUAGGGGCCUCGGCUUAUAUUCGGGUCGGCUUAUACUCGAGUAUAUACGGUAGUUUAUAUUACUCAGUGAGAUUUGAGUGCACCAGAGCCAUCUCUCAUGAUACCGGCAGCUCCAUUCCGGAAUGCUGUACAUGCAGCCAGACAUGUAGUAUCGUGCACAUAUUCUGCUACAGCUUACAGCUCAAUACCACGGCAGCGACACUCUAGUGUUUGCACAUCUUGCUUACCUGAUACACUGGCUAGGCUUAUUUGAGUAUACCUUUUAUUCGGAUUUAAUUUUGUCACUAUACCAUGUACAUACAAGGGCAAUGAAAGAAAGCUGUCUUCUGAACAGAAAUGCAGGAGUAAUUUAUAAAAUACAAUUUAAAAAUGUAGUUCUAGUGUAGGCUUUCCAGUUUAUACUUGGUACCACACACAAUUCCCUUAUACUUGAGAAUACAAUCCUAUUUUCUGCAUUUCCUGAAGAUUUUGCUAGCCCAGUGUACAGGUUGAAUUGAACAGUAAAUCUUGUCUAAAGCUUGCCAUAUUGUCUUCUAAUUUUUCAAGUAAGCUGUAAUUAUUUGAAUAUUGCAAAACUAGUUUAUGCCUGCACGUAACGGUUAAUCGUGCUCUUACAAGCAAGUCCCCCUGCUGAAGCACAGCUACUGCUCAUAUUGCGGCCUCUCCCCUCCCUCCCCCCCCCAUGAAAUGUCUCUUUUUAUAGUAAUUGGGGCAGUCGUGCCCUUUCUAUUUGCUCCUGUAUGGUGCACUUGCAGUAUCCGUUUGCUUUCUGGGCUUGGUCGCUGGUUUUCAUGCAACGUGCUCCUUCUGGGCUUGGUUGCUGAUUUUCAUGCAACAUGCUACUCCUUGCACUGUUCUACUCUCUGUUUAUUUUUUUGUAAUUGGCACUCUGCGUUCCUGAGACAAAUGAAAUGGUAGACUGGAAAUGGAGAAUUUUCUGCCAUACGUUACUUUAAUCAAAUCAAUGUUUGUCUUUAGGCAGUUGAUGCCUCCACCUGGUUUACCUGCCAUAACACAGGACGCUGAGGAAAAGGCAGCUUCUGGGAGUUUAGGGGUUUCUGAUGGUGAGUAUCUCAAUAUCUGGUUACCCAUUAAACAGAAAGUGUCACCUGGAGCACAGCUUGCCAGUAAAUCCCUGCUGAGUCCAGUGCAUCUCAAAUAUCACACAGAUAGGUUUACAGCCGGGCUCACACUGCUCCCUGUCAUAUGUUGCUUCUGAUCAGAUUUCACCAGGAAUCUGCAGGAUCUGGUACUUUCAAAGCAGCUACCCCUGGCUACUGCCAAGUCUUAAAUCACCCAGGCCUAUAUUUAUAACUUCUCUUGUCCCCAGUUUUAUCGCCAGUGCCACCCUUCAAGUGUUGAGUUUGCACACACAGGGUGGGGAUUAACUUUGUACUGGGAACAUAAUUAAAGUCCUUCAUCACUCAGGUUUGAUAUCUAAUUGCAAAUCUUUGUAUUUUUUUUUUGUGUCUUUCUCUUUUUUUUUUUUUUCUUCUCUCUUCUCUUACAUGAUACUGAACGGAUGGUGUCUGCGCUGCUGUUGACAUUGAAACUCGGAUCUGGUGUGACCUCCAUGCCUGUUACAAUGCUGCCCAAUUAACGCAUUUAACCAUUUCUUGUGAAUUAAUGGAUCCUGGAAUUUUAUUUUAUUUUUUGUGGGAUGGGAUCCUUUUUUUCUCUCUCUCUUUCUCUGUCUUCCCCACCCCUUCUCAAUUUCAGAUCACUCUACCAAAAAGCUGAAGACUUCUGAUAAAACAUUUGGAUUGGUGGCGUAUGCAGGAGAUUCAUCUGAUGAAGAAGAGGAGCAUGGCGGACACAAGACCUGCACAUUCUCUCAAGGCUGGAAUAUGGGGUAUCAAUACCCAGGAUCCCAGCAGAGAGCAAAGCAACAGAUGCCCUUCUGGAUGGCACCGUAGUACAUUAGGGGAUGGGAUGUCAAGCUUUCCCUUAUUGUGACUUGUAGCAAUAACUUGGCAUGUACAUUACAGAACUAGCCUUGUGUGAUUUUUUUUUUUUUUUUUUUAACUCAUUUUAUAUUCCAAAUGAAUGAAAAGAUGCAAGUGGACCUUCCUUAGUAAAUGUUCAUAUUUAUUUUCCACUCCCUUUUCUUUCUUUCUAAGUGGAUUUUUUUUUCUCCCUAAUGUGACCACGUUAAAUGCCUUUUUAAAAAACCCUUUCUUGGUAUUUUGUUACAUUUAGACGCAAUUCUUGUGAAAAUAGAGGCUUUUUAAACACACAGUGAGCCAACUUGGUUCAUGUCUUGUUCUACCCGAGGCGCAGUGAAGCAACUCACUGCUUGGACGUUUACCUCUCUGCUUUCUUACAUUAGUACAGGUGUUGUGCUUUUUGCGUCUUUUACAAUAAAUCUGCAUGCUUACAAACACAUGUAGUGUUAAAACACACUACUGCAGAACCUCUUCUAUGGCAGGUCUUUCUCUUACAUGUAUUAUCCCUUGAAUGCAAGGGAUUGACUUGAUGUAUUAAGCAUCCAAACAGGUUCUGCAGCAUCUACAUGUUUCUCUCUAUCCUUAUUAGUAUUUGUUUCCCAGGAAGACGUGCCACAUACAGGUGGUUAUAGAACAGAUAAUGGCCUUUUUUAUGUUGCGCUGGUUACAUUUGUCAUGGUCGUAGAGUGGUUAAAAAUAUACUUUUGAUAGAACAAUGGGUUUCCCACAUGUUGGGAGGUUUUCACUGAUACAAAAUGGGGCAGUACCAUCAAGUUUUAACUUUAGGAGCAAGGUUUUUGGAGGAAUUGGCGUUCGGCCUCUUCUCCCUCACCCCCUUUAAACAAACCUGCCCCCAGGAAAUCCUUUACACUUGUGUUUGUUUUUUUUUUGUUUUUUUUGGCCAUUCAGGUUUUUUGAUGAUGGCAACAGUGCCCCUUUUAUAAAACCGGUUUCUCAUUGCAUGAACAGUUCUUUUUUUUUUUUCUUAGCGUCAUUAUCCUUUAAAUAAAUAAAUAAAUUUGUGUUGCUGAAAUCUUGUCAAAAAAGUGAAUAACUGACUCAAAUGUGCACCUGCAGUCAUUCUGGUCAGCAGUUGCAGUUUACAGAAAUACUUGUUUUCAGGUGUAACCUCAUUACAUAUGGAUACAAGUUUUCAACUCUGCAGAAGCAGUAUAAAUGGUAACUGAAUUACUUCAUAUUGAAGUAGACAGGAACCGGGCAGGGGAAAUGUCCCAAAUCUUUAGGUACUUAGAUGUUUUUUUUUAUUUUUCGCUCUCCAUUUUUGCUGCAUUUGUAAUAGCCUUUGAUUUUCUAAACUCAAAAAAAGUUGUACUUUAUGUUUGGUGGUUGUAAUAUUUUCUAAAUAAAUCCACCAAAGGCACAACGAGAUUUUGGAAGUUUUCACUUUUUUAUCCUGUUGGUACCUGUUAAUUGCUUGUUUGAAUUAGUUGCAAAUAAGCUUAAUGGUGCAUGAUUACAUGGCACUUGGUAUUAGUUUCUCUAGUUUGUUCAAGGAGGUGAAUGGUUAUGGGACUGCUGCUGUUUGAUAUUGUUUUUUUGUUUUUUAAAACAAAAAAAAACCACAUGAUUACUGGUUUCCCAGUAAAGGUAUUGAGUUUUAUAAAAGGUAGACCUGUAAAGCGGCAUGUGGUAGUAUAAUAAAAUGCAGUGCUCCUUGCUUCUAAUGCAUAACUUGAUAGGGUUUUAAAUCAAAGGCCUAUUUAGGACCUUUCUAAUUGACAUAAUUCGAUUGAAAGCACUGAUUUAAGACCAUUAUUUACUAGAUCUACACAUAUGCUUUUCUACCACAUGUGGAGGACAUUCCUUUAAAACACAACUUUCCUGGUAUAGUAAAUCAGUGAUGGCUAACCAUGGCACCUCAGAUAUAUCACAAUAUAUUAUAUAUUGAUUACUUCCACCAAACAAUGUUUUGAGUUAGGUGUUCAAUCAAUAAGACCCAUUAGGAUAUUUCAUCAGGUAAGGCCCUAAAUAUCAUUGUCUUCUACUCUUGGCAUUGUGAAAUCACGUGAUCCUUCAAGUGACUUAAUGCAAGCCUUUACCAACCAGCCGGUGUUUAGGUAAUUUGGCUUACCUGUAAUACCAUGCAUACGUCUGACUGUCUGCCCUAUUUUAUUUUAUUGGCAGUUUAAUGUUUGUUAAAACUUGUCAGCUCCUUACUGAAAAUGUUAAUUUUAUUCAGAAGUAUACUUAGUAGAAAACCAGGAAUUGUGUCCUCUGUGCAUCUUUGCUUGCCACAUGCGCUUUGUAAUUCAUUCUCCCUCCCCAUCCCCUGUAAAUAUUUCAAAUCUUUUAUUGUAAAUAAAUGUAAAAAAUAUUGAGCACAUUUUUUGUGUUUUUUCCUUGUUUGCUUUAUUACAAUUCAGGAAGUUUGUUUUCAUGCAGGUCUUGGAAUCCAGGACCUAUAAAAUAACUGCUGUGUAUUGUUUCACAUGUCUUUGGUUUUUAUAGUUUGAUUAAUAAACUACACUUGUACAAC